AUGAGUGAUAGCUGCUUAGGAUCACAGUCGCAACGCACAGAAGACAUGAACGCCUUAACGCCAGCCAGCCCACUCCCUGCCACCGCUCCAGCACCUCGCACCACACAGCCAUCAGCGCGCGUGGGAGUUGUCUUCCUUGGAGCGCCGACAGAAGCGCAGUUGGUACGCUCCAUAAUGGCAGCCAAUGACAGUGAUGGUCGUGGCCAUGGUGGUACCGAUGGUAAUUCAACGGGCCGAACUGCGUGGACAAAUGGCUGCUGGCGAAGAAUAGAGAUGGCAAUGAUGGUGCCGACAAGAGAGCACCUGCUGCUGCAGCAGCAGCAACAACAACAACAACAACAACAACAACAACAACAACAGCAGCAGCAGCAGCAGCAGCAGCAGCAGCAGCAGCAGCAGCAGCAGCAGCAAUCGCUUGACAGUGAGGGCAGUUGGUCUGGGACAUUUCAGGCGUCACUCCCGCCAACAAACACAAGCACGACAGCACCGCCAACAACUCGCCACUCUGCGCACGUCAGCACGGCCACCAUCUUUGCUUCUUCUUCGCUUUCUCCAGCCCCAUACUCCCCAACACACCACCACCCGCAACCACGGACUGCACCACCACCACCACCACCACCACCACCACUGAUAAGUUGUGCGCCGUCGCAAUCACCGCUUCGCACACGGCCGCUUGUGCGGCGAAGCGAUCAAGACCUGUUGUCGCUGCUACUGAAGACACCACACCACAGCGAGGGUAGUGACGAUGGUGGUGAUGAUGAUGAUGACGAUGAUGAUGAUGGUGAGCCUCGGUUGUGCUCAGAGCACCGGUACAAGCGCGCCCGAUUUGAAGCAGCAGCACAACCAGGAAACACCAGCACCACUCACGGCGCGAACAACGACCGUAGUGACGAUGGUGACGAUGAUGGUGAUGGUGAUACUCACGCUUGUACUGACGAUGGUGGGAAAAGCGGUGAUGGCCGUGGGGAUCCCAGCGGAUCAAGUGCUGUGAAGUGGCUCCAUGGGCCAGCACGCCAGCCGGACUGGAGAUCCACUUCCCUGACGCAACUGUGUGACAUCACCACUCUUUCUUCGUCUUCGUCUUCGGCUUCGCUGUGGUUCGUCGGCGCGAUCGUUUCUGCUGUGCUGCGCCCACGCUGCAUACACACGCGUGACGGGCGGGACGUACAGCUGCUGACAAUCACAAUCACCGAUCAGACAACUACGGAGGACGUGUGCGUGUGUUUGUGGGACCAGUGGUGCUCGCGCCUCGCUCAUGUUCGCCCAGGCCACGUGGUACUGUUGCGUGGUUUUCGUGUGCGCGAGUACCAGGGAGCGCUUCAGCUCUCAUCGUGUGCGCAGUCAUCAGUGCUCGCCUUUCACCCGUCCAGCACGCCACCGCGCCACUCCCUCGGCACACUGCCAGGUGUGUACACACGCGUGCGUGCGCUGGCACAAUGGUCGCUACACGCGCUCGCCCACCUCUACAGCUCGCCCAGCACGCGCCAUUGCAGCCCCAGUCGAAACAGAAGCACAUGGCGAAGUGGCGGACCGAACGGCGGUGGUGAUGGUGGCGGAAUGGGUGCGGGUGUGUCGUCGGUGCAGCGCGCGAUUUCGACUCCCGGCUGCCAUCGCAUUAUCGGCCGCAUCGUGCACACCACCAUUCAGCGCCUCCCUGGCGAUGGCGAUGACGAUGACAACAACACACCGCUUCACGUCCCAGCGCCAUCAACAUCAUCAACAUCAACAUCAUUGGCAUCGACAGCGUUGUCGUCACCAUUACCACCACCACUGUCUCCUCCUCCUCCCCCCUGCGUUCGAUUUGGAUGUCUGCGGUGUGGGCGUGUGCAGCCACGUGUCGACACCAGCACGGCCGUCUGCUCCGUCUGCAUCACCCGUGGCGGGAGUCAGGAUGGCCUUGCGCACGGCUGGCUGUUGCCAUCAGUGAUUGCACACGUGCACGAUGUGGCGGAUCCGUCCACACACGCGCGCAUCCUCAUGCCACGUGUCAUCGCAACAAAGCUGUUCCUCCUCCGUGCGUCCACGUGCACACGCGCAUACGCACAGGAAACACUUGGGGCCAUUCAGCGCAAUGCACAGAACACAUUUCUCGACAUUGCUAUCACAUGCAGGUCUCCUCAACGGGAUCUCGCACCGGCAUCUCAGCAAACGACGACAACGACGACAACGACGACAACGACGACAACGACGAACGCGACAACAGCAACGGCAACAGCGGCGCCCCGCUCGUCAUCGUCGCAUGUUCUUGUUGCACUCGAUGCGACGCGACUCGAGUUUGCACCACCGCCUGCACCGUGAUGGUUGUGGUUGAGUUGAGUGAGCCGUGUUUGCCGUGCGGGCACCGUCAUCGCAGCAUAAUUAAUGGACACAUACACACGCACAGAGCUUAUUUCGACAAUGAGGGAUGCAUUGGCAAUGCAAGCCGUGUAGCACGCAAACAAAGCUUACAAUCACACACACACGCUCGCACAUGACACGACCAAGAUGCAGUUCCCACCCGCUUUUUGGUCUGUGUUCGUUGACACCAACCCGUUUGGGUUACUUCUGAUUGUACAUGCGCGUACCGUCCUUCCCUUCAUAUCCACGUGCGUGUUUCAUCAACAGCGCUUCCCGUGUCUGUAACUUGCUCACAAUCCCGCUGGUGGCGGUGUUCGUUCGUGUAAAUAUGAGUGUGUGAGUGCGUCUGUGUGAACAUGUACGAAUGUGCAUGAACAUAUGUGUGUGCGUGCGUGUGUUUGAAGCCCAUGAUCAUUGCGGUCAAACGAACACCACCACCACCACCACCACC